CCGCCGCAGUCUGCGUGGCUCCUCGCGCUCCGCCGGCCAUCGCGCGGGGUGAAGGCCAUGGACGUCAACCAGCCCAAGCAGGAGCAUUUGCUGGCUCUGAAAGGUCCUGUUUUCCACUGAUCUAUGCAUCAUGGGGCAAGGAAAUUCUUGUAAAUAAGAUGUUUCAGUCUAGAUACAAGAGUCAUUAUCAAGAGACUGUUUUCCUAAGAAUCACUGGAUUCCUACUGUUCAAGCAUGGAAGUGGUCUUGCACUAUCGACCACAUCAGAGAGAUUUAUUAAAACUUCAGAAAUUUGCAGAAGCAGCAGUGAAGGAGUUUCCCAUUCGCCAAUUACCAAGAUUUGCACCCUGGUUUCCAAAUGAUUUACACAGACUUCCCCUCAAACCAAAAAAGCAGGCACCUGUUAUUUCUUGUGAGGAAGUGGAAGAACUGAAAGAGCUUUCUACACCUUCAGAAUAUGUUACAGGAUCUACUGAUUAUGACUGCACAAAAAAUCUCCUUGAGUUUCACUCUAGCAUGAAACAUGGUCCGACUUUAAUCCAAGCACAGAUUGUUCACAAACCAAUUAACUUGGACUGUCAAGGAGAACCACCAGCUAAUGGAAAACAAAAAUUGAAAAGGUCUUGGAGUGUCUCUCUCCCUAGAGCUAAACUCAGAGAAAAGAUUCAUCCUCUAUCUCAAGAACUGCAGAAUAAUUUGGAAAGACUAAAACUGCAUGCAUUUUGUAGAGCCAAGUGGACAAUUGAACAGUCUCUUUGUAAAAACCAGAAUUUGGAGGACAUAUGGAUAAAAUUGAAUAGACUGAUUAAACAGAAUGAAUUGCCAUCUUGCAACGCUACUAUCCAAAGAUCUGUGGGACAGAUAUGGAUUUUCUGUGAUAUAUUAUACUGUGAAUAUGUUAGAAAUAUUCUUAGGGAAAAGCUAAGCCUUACAGAUAAAAUGAAUUUGCUUGUACAUAAAUAUGGAAUUAUAUUUAGUUUAUAACUUCAGAUAUAGUUUAAUAAUAACAUUGCUGUCGGAAAUACUAAAAGUUUUUAAGCACUUCAGAAUAGAUAGACUUUAGAACAACUGAUAAAUUAAGAGUGAGAAAACUACUUAUGUUACUUUGCUAUAGGCUUUGGUUUUCUAACUAUAAUGAUAUAUUUCUUUAACUUUGUUUUGCCUCAAGACUUAUAGUUCUGUUAAGAUUAGUAAGUUUCCAUUUGGCUUAGUACUGUGUUUUAUAGCUUUUCUCUACCUUGGUGGUCUAAAGGGAAAAAUUAAAAUAAAAAUUCCAGACUAUUGUGGCAAGGUAUGUCAGAUAAUAAAAUUAAUGCUUUCAAUUAAGCAAAGUACAUCCUCUCUGCUUCACUGGAAUUAGGAGAAGGAAAGAUGUUUUUAAGUGUGUUGUAAUAAUUGCUAUAAUAGCUGUAACUAACAUUAAGAUUUCCAAGAUCUGAUUAUUUCCUGAAAGUAGUCUGUGAGUUUUUUUAAUGAUGGCAUAUUCCUCCCAUGAAGUACAAACUUAAUUUAUGUGGGAUAUAUGCACUGUCUUAGUAAUGUUAGCUAUAUUUUCGUGGAAGUAUUAAUGAUAGCUUCAGUGGAAGCUGUGGUCGUAAAAGGCAGAGUUCAGGAUGACUUUUUGUCUCCUAAAAGAAUGAAGUGUUCCAAGGUCAUGCUGUCCCUGCUCAGUUGAAACUUUGGAGGGUCAGUAGAGAAGUUAAACUGGGAUCAAUGUGACUGCAAGGUUUUUGCAUUCGAACUCCUUCUAAUUCUAGAUAGUUUUGAUGUAGCUGGUGGUCAAGGCCUGUAGCAUCUGGAAAAGGGGGAAAACAGUAUUUGUAGUUUAUUAGAUUGUCAUUAAUGCUGCUCACACCAAAAUGUACCUAAGCAUAACAGAGAUCCCUCUGUAAAAAAAAAAUGAAUUACCCUCAGACUUAACAGUCUUAUAACAUCCUUGUGUUACAUAAUUAUAUUUUAUUAUAGGCAUUACAAUUUUUUAGAUAAAAAUUUCUCCAUUUGAGUGACUGACAUGUAUUUUUAAACUUUGACUGAAUUUUAAGACAUUUGUAGAUGUCUUACAUUUAUGUUUGGGGUGUUUGUCACAUUUAAUAUGAUGACUUAACAAAAUUGAUGCAAAAUGCUGUCUAGACGGUAUUAUAACUGCAGUACAACUGAUGGUUGUUAUUAGUUUUAAAGUCUCUCUAGCCAAAUUUUUCGCUGACAUUAUAUUUCUGAGCUCAACAUUAAUAGUAACAAAAUUUCUUCGUGCAUCAGUAUUUUUGAAGAUAAAAUGAAGUAAAAUGCAGCGUGAUUUGAGUUCUAUUUAAUGUAUUUUGUAUCGAGGAUCUUGGAAGAAAUGAUUCAUUUUCUAACAGUAAUUUAGUACUUCUAAUAAAUGUGAUAAUAAUACCUGUCA